AUGACGACGGCUACCCAGGAAGAAAUCACUCCCACCGUUCCCGUCACAAAACCACUCCAAGUGGCAUCUUUGUACGUUGGUGACCUUGAUCCUGCAAUUAAUGAACCACAGCUGGUAGAGCUCUUCAAGCCCUAUGGAACUAUUCUGAAUGUGCGUGUCUGCCGCGACAUUAUCACGCAGCGAUCUCUGGGUUAUGGAUAUGUGAACUUUGACAGUCCUGAAAGUGCAGCAAAGGCUAUGGAAUCAUUGAAUUUCAAACGUAUUGGAGAAAAGUGUGUUCGCAUUAUGUGGCAACAACGUGAUCCCGCCCUCCGCUAUAGCGGUAAUGGUAAUAUUUUUGUAAAGAAUUUGAAGAACGAGGUGGACAGCCGUGCACUCAGUUUAAUCUUUAAAAAAUUCGGUGACAUUCUUUCCUGCAAGGUUAUGGAAGAUGAAGGAGGUAAGAGCCGCGGAUACGGUUUUGUGCACUUCAAGGAGGAUGAUGCGGCUAAGGAUGCCAUUACCAAUAUGAACGGUGACAAGGAAAAUGCUGAUGAGGCGAAAUCCGGUUUAUACGUCGCUAAUUUUAUUCGUCGUAAUGCUCGUCUUGCUGCUCUUGUUGCAAAUUUCACUAAUGUUUACAUCAAGCAAGUGUUACCUACUGUGGAUAAGGAUAUUAUUGAGAAGUUUUUUUCAAAGUUUGGUGGUAUCACAAGUUCUGCUACCUGUAAAGAUAAGAAUGGACGAGUAUUUGCCUUCUGUAACUUUGAAAAGCAUGAUGAUGCAGUAAAGGCAAUAGAAGCAUUCCAUGAUCAGGUUAUUGAAGGUGUUACAGCACCAGGAGAGAAGCUUUAUGUGCAGCGUGCUCAGCCAAGAAGUGAACGAUUAAUCGCCUUGAGGCAGAAAUACAUGCAAUGUCAGUCUCUUGGAAACAACCUUUACGUGCGUAACUUUGAUCCUGACUUCACAGAGAAGAACUUGCAUGAGUUAUUCCAAGAAUAUGGUGAAAUCCGAAGCCGUCGUGUAAUGACAGAUGCCAAUGGCAACAGCAGAGGCUUCGGUUUCGUCAGUUUUGAAAAUGCUGACCAGGCAAAUGCUGCACUUCGGGAAAUGAAUGGACGUAUGUUGAAUGGCAAGCCACUUAUUGUCAACAUUGCCCAACGCCGAGAUCAACGCUACACCAUGCUCCGCCUGCAGUUCCAACAACGUCUGCAAAUGAUGAUGCGGCGGAUGCACCCCGCACCGUUUGUUGCGCAGGGACCAGGACCACAACGCCGCAAUGCACGCAAUGCCCAACGCGGCGGCAGUGGUGGUGGUGCUGGUCGUCAUCAUCAGGCACCUCAGCAAGCACCGGCCCCACACCCACAACCGGAUAUGUUCUCCACACCCUCCAUGGCGUUUACCGCACAGCGAACACCGCAGCCUUCUCCUGGUGUAGCACCCGACACCCCACCGCUGCCACCCAUCACGGCUGAAGAUUUACGUACCAUGACAGUGGAUGAGCAACGGGCUGCUCUGGGUGACCGUCUAUAUAUUAAGGUGUUUGAAAUUGCCCCAGAUCAUGCACCUAAGAUUACUGGUAUGUUUUUGGAGAUGGAUCUCAAGGAGGCUUUUACGCUCCUGUAUAACCAGAAACUACUACAUGAAAAGGUAACUGAGGCAUUGUGUGUCCUCAAGGCACACGGGACAACCGCGUAA